AGAUAUGUACAUUACAUCCACAACUAUUUUAAUUCUAUUAUCAGUGGGAUCGUUUUCAACUAACAAUAAUUAGUCGAUUUACAACUGAGUUAAAAAUUAAAAAUAUAAAAAAUCAUCUGUCAAAAUUUUAGUGCAAAGUGGACUGUUUAGAUCCAAUUACAUUAUAUUUUUAACAAUAAUUGCACUUCUAUAAUGUUAUUUUCUUAUUGACUUUCAGUAUUUGAUUAUAAGCAAAAUGUCGCAAAACAACUUUGUUAGUAUUCACGGCCCUUAAUUGGAUGCUUUACGUAUUGAUGUAAUUUUCACCUUUUCGCUUUAAUCAGCGGUGUUAAGCAAUUAGUGAUUCUUGUAAUAAAAUUACGUUCAAUAAUCGCGGUGUGAAGAUAAUGAGACAAGUUUCCGGUGGUAGUUGGGGUUUGGAAAGUUAAAAGGAUGUGUUUUAGUGGUCCUUAUGUUUUGAAUAUGUAAUUUGUUGAACAAUGGACACCGAUCUUUAGAAGAAUAUUAUCGUAACGUGAAAAUUCUAGUUCUGAUAACCUCCAAUCAUGGCAACGGACUUCCCAACACACACAGACAUGGCUGAACUUGAAACGGAAACAAUUAUCAAAGAAGAGGAAAUAGAUAUGAUCAAUGAAGACCUACAACUAGACAUUAAAUCUGAAAUCAAUAUCGGUGAGACCAUCAUACAAGAAAAUGUUGAUAACCCAUUCAAGAACGUACAACUAGAAGUAAAACAAGAAACAAUAUCUAUAAGUAUAGAAUCCGAGAGCUUAGAUUCACAGGACGAUGAAACCUUACCCAAAAUUGAGUAUGACAUGGAUCCAAAGUCAGAAAUGUUUGAAAAGGUGAAGGAGGAACGGGUGGUAGGUGAUGAGUCGUUAGUGACGUACGAUUAUCCGAAUUUCGAUGACGUUACCAGUAUGGACAGCAAUGAUGCAGCCGCCCUGACACAUGUUGAAGCCUGUUUACAUGAUGACAUGGAUUAUAAGUGUGAAGAUGAUGGGCUGUAUGAGGAGCAGAAAGAGGAUUACGACAAAAUGGACAUAAAAGAAGAAACAGAUGUAACUGUAACAGAGACUCAUUUAAUAUCCAAUAAACUGAUCAAUACAACUUCCACCAUCACCAACCCGCACGACGGGCUCAUAGAGUCGAAAACCACAAAGACUCUAGUCAUGGAAAUAUUGCCCAUCCCACAAACCAACAUGUCAUACUCCAAAAUAGAUGGCAACCCUGAAGAAAUUCUACCAACCACAUAUGAUCAUGAUGACAACUAUUUAGAGUACCAAGAGUCUUUUCAAUUAAACUCUAUUACUGGUAAUGUUCUAUCCCUUGAACAAGAAGCUUAUGGUCUUCUAAAAGCCACGGGAAAGAAGGAAGUCGAAGAGUGCCAUACUUGCCCAAAAUGUCCAAAAACAUAUCGCAUUAAGAGGUAUAUGAAGCGGCAUUUGGCCGUCCAUGAAGGCAUCGAGAAACGUGCUUUAGGCAUUAUUAAGGGUGAGAUAACAAGAAGAGAAAAUCGUGAUAAAAGAUUGAAAGCUCAACUUGAUACCAAGGUCGACACAAAAGGAAAAGAAGAGAAAAUAAAGAAGGAAGGGUAUGAGUGUACUUGUGGCAAAGUAUUCCAAAGAAGGAGUAGGAUGGAGACUUGUCUUAGAUCCCAUAACCUGUUCUCCGACACCAACACCUAUCCCUGUGUGUCCUGCUCAAGACAUUUCAAGGACAGAGAAGAAUUAGCUCUACAUCGCAAGAGGCUACACAGAAAGAAAUUCCCUUGUAAAUUCUGUCCCACAGAUUACCACACGCGGAAAGAACUAUUCAAACACCUGCAAGUACACCAAAAGGUUCAACUAAUGGAGUAUAAAGUUAUUUCGGAAGUUGUCAAAGGGAAACAAAAGCUAAAAUGCUUUAUGUGUUCGAAAACCUAUAUGGAACUGUCUGAAUUAAAGUCUCAUGUGAUGGAUGACCAUAAAGAGCCUUACAGCUGUCCGCGCUGCAAGCGAACCUUCUCGAAAAUCAUCGACUUCGGCAAUCACACAAAAACCUUCCACCCAGAAGUUGAAGGACAAUCCGUUUUAGAUGUAUUAGAAGCGUUCUCUAAACUCGUGAAGGCGUGGAAAUGUGAUGAGUGCGGCUUACAGUUCCAUGAGGCAGACAAACUAGCGAUCCAUCAGGUUGAAAAGCACAGUCCAGACCUCAAAUCAGAAACACAAUUCCAGUGCACCGAUUGCCGAAGAGUUUUCGUCAGUCAAAAGGGUCUGACGUCGCAUCGACGAAUACACCACAGUACGGAAACCGUUGAAGAAACGGAACUAGUCGAGAAAGGAGUUAUGUGCCUUGAAUGUAGAAAGAUCUGUAAAGAUAUGAAUGCUUUAAUAUCUCAUAUGCGUUUUCACUCACCAGAUAGAAAAUAUCCAUGCAAGUUCUGUGAUUUUCGCUUUGCUACACCAGAAAAACGGAAAACACACGCAGAAAUACAUACAGGCGACAUGAAGUACGUUUGCUUCAUCUGCGAAUACCAGUGCAGUUCUGAAAACCGCUUGAAACAACAUAAACUUUCCCCGAAACAUAAAAACAUGCGGGAGUUCCUGCUAACUGGAAGACCGUUAACAGAAGAAGCGCAUUCUUCUAAGCAGGAGAAAAUAAAAGAUACUUUGAAGAAGAAAGAGUGGGCUGUUAAGAAGAGUAAGAGAAAAGAAGUGAAGUCAGAGAGUGACUCGAGUUCUGAGUGCAGUGAGGUGGCGUGUGAUAUCUGUGGAGAUAAGUUUCCUAGUGAGAGUGAGAUGUUAGAACAUAAACAGACACAUCCGUUUAUAGAGUUUCCCAAUGAGGACAAGCCUAGUAGAAUAUUCUUUAAGUGAAUCUUGCCUAAUGUGUAGUUGUGGUUAUAUUACUGAGUGUAAUGGAUGAAAUAUUUAUUGUUAAGCUUUAAGUUGUUCCGCAAUUAUUCUAACCUUAACAAUGCCUUUGGCCAUACUCAAAGAUCGAAUGGCGCUUUGAACCUAAAUGUUUUAUACCAAGAAUUACAAAUUGCGAAAUUUUCUGAUGUUACGAAUUGCGAAUGUUCUCAAAUUCGACCUUAUACCAUGCCAUAAAAGAAUAAGUAAAUAAUAAUAUGGUCCAAUAAAAACGUAAAUCUCUAAUUUCCGUCGCUAAAGUUAUUGUGCAAUAUAAUUGACUGCAAAUCAUGCGAUCUCUUAUAUAACGAGAUAUAAAUCUUAUACUGAUUAAAUAUCAAGUGUAUCUGUUAUUUCCAUUAAUAUAAUUACAACUCACAAAUAUAAUGUAGAGAUAUUUAAGUUAUAAUGUUGCGGCUUUGCAUACACAUAUUACUUGUAGUUUUGUUAAGCAUUUAUUUGUUGGCGGGGUUUUGUGGUUGGAUAGCGCUGCACAAACGCCUGGCAACUGUUCACCAGACUACAGAAUCUGAUUGUCUACCACCACUUGUUAGAAUUAGACUGGUGUAGUUGUGGGAACGAUAGCACAUUAUGCGGUGUAGAACGGCAUCUCUUUUCCAUAAAAGCUUCUGAGUCGCCUUCCACUUCAUGUUAUAGAAUAAUUUACGAAAGCGAGACAGCACACUUGAUGUAGAGUAGCAUCUCGCUUCUAUAACAGUCGUUACCGGGAUGCUCACAGUUGGCGGGUAACGUUGCAGAUUGUUUCACUCAAAUACACACUUUAAACCCGUCCAGUAAAGUACAUAAUUCCUUGUCAAAGAGAUUGGAAUCGAGAUUGUGCUAUCAUUUUAGUUGACAAUUUUUUUAUACGAUUGUGAAGUUUACAAGCAUAGUUUUAAAGUAUGUUUUCCAGUGUCAGCGAGACAUCCAUUUGCUUUUCAACUUUGCUCGGUCCUGAGAAAUGGUGGUAGACCCCCAGAAGUAUAACCUAAGUCUGUGUAACAAAUUGUCUAUGGUACGUUCAGCGUCCAGUGGCCUGUGUUAAUACUAGUCUACUUUAUUAAUAGAAUAAUAUAUUUGUAACGGAACGGUUAUUUAUUGUUGUCCAUUACAUAUUAUUAUUUAUGAACGACAUUCUCAUGUUCAACAACUUUGGGAGCGUUCAAGUAUUGCGUAAUACAUUUUUUGAAGAUUCAAGACCCUUCCUCUCCCCUAUGUAAUGCAUCGUUACGUUUUUCUGUACUUUAACAUUAAACAUGACGUAACAUUUUCCCUUUAAAACAUAGACGAAAAGGGUUGCGUUUAAAAAUCCCUUUCCCCUAAAUUAAGUUACGUAAUACUGGAACGCUGAAGUGCUGUUUUAUUGUGCAAUCUGGUAUUUAAUAUUGGUUAAGUAAUUAUAUUUUCUCGGUUUUACGUUUUCAAUGUGUUUCUAAAAUAUUUGUUUUUGUUACACAUUUAAUGAUAGGUACAUUAAAAGCGGCUGGACCGAUUUAAGAAAAUUAAACUGUUGAAAUUAAUUUUGAUUUAGUAAAAAAAAAACUAUUGUUCGUUGGUUGUAUAUUAAGUUUUCUGAACGUUAGUAUGAUCAUGAGUGGUGAUUAGUUUAAAUAGGUUUUCACUAACCCAGAGUUAGUUUUGACUUCCAAUGGAGCCUUAGUGCGAUCUACGUUUAGUUACUGAAUCUUAUUUACCAAGCUUUUGAUUCUAUUCUUUAUUUUUUAUUAUAUUAUUUACAUUAAGAGCGAAAAUACUUUUUAUUAACAGAUUUUAACUGGAAGUAAUAGUGGUAUUAUUAUCUUUUUUCGUUAUUGUACACACCCUAUAAAUAAAGGUGGUAUUAUUAAAUAACCAAUUUUGUGUCACAACCUUAGCCCCAGACGGUUCUAUUUUGACCCUUACCUAAGUGCAAUAUAUUCAUCGGAAACUGUAUUUAUAAGACUAAGCGUAGCAUCAGAUGAUCUUUACUUUUAUUGUAAAAAUGUCCAGUCAGCAAUGUUAUUUGUUUAACAGAAUCGGUAGACAAUCUACAAAGUACCAGUAAUUUCCAGUGACUUGUACUAUUUUUUUUUUUCUAAUAGCACAGUAGCUUUUAUAUAAUUUGAUAGUUUUGUGUUGAAAAUUUCGUGGUUAGAACUUUAUUUGUAGACCAUGAGAUUUGAAUUAUCAUGACCAAUCUAUUCUUGGCUUGUUGACUCCAUUGGAUUGGAUAAAUUAUGUAACUCUAUUAAUUGUAACUGUUAAUUGAUUUGGUUGGCUUAUAACUGUUCCUGCCGAGGUGGCAAGACUUAUGGGCCCCGCAUAUUCCGCUAUUUACAAUUAACGAUGAAUGAAUGAAAAUUUUAUCAAAAUUACACUAUUCGUAUUCUUCUAAGAAUUUUGGCAUAACAAAAAUUGGUAAUUCAGGAAGGGGCGGAACACUCCUCUCAAUAAAAUGUAAUGAUUCAUAUUGGAUUAGCAAAAUGAUUCGGAGAAUACGAAUAUUAUUCAAUUUAAUCCAAUUAAUCAUCGGGAAUUAUAAAUAGCGAAAUUAGAACCCUGUCUGCCUAUAUCUCUCGGCCUUGUUUUCUCACUUCCAUCGUAACCGAAUGAGCUUGAUUUAUAUUAUUAUGUUUAUUAACCUAUGUAAUUGGCAAUAAUAAAAGACCGCUUCGCGUCUAGUAUAAGUUGUUGUGUAUGGUGCCUGAUAUAAUUUAGUUCUCGAAGUAGUAUUAUAUUUAAGAGGUGAAUAUAUAUUGUUUGUUGAACAACAGGA